UUCACCUGCAGAUUUUUUCCCGGGAUGUCCAACGACACUGACAGUACUAGUGUCUUUGACACAAUCAGGACAAACACAUCAGAAUGGACAGAGGUGGUACUAUCAAAUAUUGGAAUAAAAUUUGACACGUGUGCACCAGAAUCUAUAAGCAAAGUUUUCUCAAAGGGUGUUUUACAUUUUGUUGAAGAGACAAUCCGUUCUGAAGUUGUAAAUUUAUUUUGGUUUCGAAGCGAAGAAGAUGAAGAGAAAAAAGAGUGUUUUCAACAUGCAGUUCUGGAUGUUUUUGACAUUGACUGUCAUCACAUAGACGAUAUUUCUAUAAGUGAAAUCAUGAAAAUAAAGGAGAUUGGGAAAUCUAAUUGGAUUGAUAACUUUGUAGCAAUUUCUGAUAGAUGUCAACGCUUUGCAAGAGAAAGAAUUUGUAGAGAAUUGUCUACAAGUCUGAAUACUUUUGUGUGGCAGCUGUUAUACAUGCACCGAAGAGUAAAAGGAAAGACAUCACAAGCAUUGUCAGAAGGAAUGUUUCAGCAACUCUUUGUUACUUUUGCUAGAACAUUUGGCUUAAAUAUUGUAAGUAGUCCAAGUGUUGAAAAAUACUCAAUGACAAUAAAUGGAAACACUUUUGUUUCCAUACCUGAUGCUAUCAUAUGCCAUCCCACAGAAACUGGGGACGACAAGAUUUGUGCUGUAAUACAGGUUAAGGGAUGCAGGCAAGAUGAAGACAGUGGCCACACAAGAAAUCUAGCAAACAUGCCGAGAGGAUCAAAUGCUCAACAUAUUGGAUCCAACCUCAAAGGUCAACAUUCAGGACAGUUCUUGUGUACAUUACCAUAUUCUGUGUUCAGAAAGAAUGGAAUGUUUGGCUUCCUUGUACAAGGAACAAAAGUGACACUUACAGCUUUUAAAGCAGAUGAUGGGUAUUAUGACAAUUUAUGCAGUGGACAUUUGCAUCAAAAGGAAGCAUUUGUAACAUACAGUGAUCAAUACAAUAUUCUAAGGAAAGAAGACAGAAAACUUCUGGUGCAAACAUUCUUAGAUAUAGGAAAGUUAAUGGAAUUUCUUUGUGAAAAGUAGUCGUACAGAUGUACAAGAACAUUUUCCAGUUUGGUGGCCCUUUUUGCCAGUCUUUUGCCAGCCUUUUGCAGGUCAAAAAAUAUCUAAAGAUGAAGAGAGACAUACUCCUAUUGAGGAACAGAAUGAUUUGUGGUACAUAGUCUAAUACAUUGACUAAACGAAUGAAGACGUUGUAUUAUUUUGUAAAUGAGAAAUAUACUCUAUUGUAUAAAGUCAAAAUGAAAGUAAUACCAUCUUGUUUUAUAUAUUUAAAUUAAGAUUUUAAUGGCUAUAUAUAUAUUGUAC